CGCCGUGUGACGCACUGGGCCACUGGCGCGGUGCUGACUGGGAGGCGGCGGGCUGUCAUGGCGUUGCGGGGGAGCGGCGGCCGUUGACGGGGAACGUCCGCGAACAUGAACGCCAACAAAGCGAUGGAGAUCCAACUCCAGGUGCGGCAGCAGUCGGAGGAGCUGCAGGAUUUCAUGAGGGGCCUGAACAGCUGGGAGGAGGAUAUCAAGAUCAAAGACGAGGAGCUGCGAAAGAGGAGCGGAGACGUGCCGGCGGCAGAGUCGAUUUUGCCUCCUGUACGAAACCAAGGUUAUAAGCAAAAGACAAAUAAAAAGAAUGCAUCUAGUAAGAAUAUAGAGAACGAGCAGAAACAAACAAGAAUAAAAUCUUAUGACUAUAAAUCAUGGGAAAACUUUGAUGUGGAUAAAGUACUUGAAGAAUUAGAUAAAAAUGACACUACAGACCCAGAUACCGAGGAGGAUGAAGAACCAGAUAAAGAGAAUGCUCAUGCUGCAAAAGAAAAGGGUAAUAAUUAUUUCAAAGAUGGCAAAUAUGAAGAAGCGAUGGAAUGUUAUACUAGAGCCAUGACUGAAGAUCCAUAUAAUCCAGUUUUUCCUACAAACCGCGCAUCAACUUUCUUAAAAAUGAAAAAGUAUGCAGUUGCAGAAUCUGAUUGCAAUUUAGCGAUUGCGCUAGACCAGUCCUACCUGAAAGCCUACCUCCGGAGGGGUGCUGCUCGAUUUCAACUCGGAAAUGUUCAAGGUGCAAAGGAAGAUUUUGGAAUGGUAUUGAAGUUAGACCCAGGAAACUUUGAAGCAACCAAUGAACUCAGAAAAUUGAAUGAGGCUACGUCAAAACAGUGUGAAAAAGAUGUUAAUUAUCUAUCAAAUGACAAAAAUCCAGAUGCUGUUGAUGAAGGGCAACUUGAAGCACAAGCAAAGCAGCAGGCAAUUCUUGAUAAAGAUUUGGGUAAUGAGUACUUUAAACGAGGAAAGUAUGAAGAAGCAAUUGAAUGCUACACCAGAGGAAUAGCAGUAGAUGGCACUAAUGCGCUUUUGCCAGCCAACAGAGCCAUGGCGUACCUUAAGCUUCAAAAAUUUGCAGAAGCUGAAAUUGACUGUGGUCGGGCAAUCUCCUUGGACAAUACUUACUCUAAAGCUUUUGCGAGAAGAGGAGCUGCCUGUGUGGGCCUUGGAAAGCUGAGAGAAGCAAAGGAAGACUUUGAACUGGUAUUGAAACUGGAACCAGGAAACAAGCAAGCUUUAACUGAGCUUGGAAGACUAAACAAGGAAUUGGAUUCGGAAGCCAUCACAGUGCACCAGAAAUCUUCAGAACGACAAAUGGAAGACCUGAAGCUUAUCAAAGCAGUUAAUAAGCCACCUCAUCUAAGAUCUGCUAAACCCCUGAGAAGAAUGGUUAUUGAAGAAGUUGGAGAUGAAAUGACCAGGGCUACAACCAGGGCAGCUGCAGCCUCUAUCCCUUCUGAUUUCACAGUGAAGCAGCUGUUUGAUGUGUUACCACCUAAAGUGCAGCCAAAUAAGAGUGAAGAAAUGGUCAGCUGUGGUGAAGACACUGUGGCAACUGCUGAAGCUCCUAGUGCUAAAGUACUUAAAAUUGAAGAAAUUCAGGAUAUUCCCUCACACUCCAAUAAAAUAGAAUGUCCUGAUGGGUCAGGCAAGCAACAAGCUACUUUUGUAACUAAUGUACAAAAUUCAGGAGAGAAAAAGAAGGCAGGAGCCCUUUUAUUUUCCCAUUCUUUGACGACACCUCCUGCACCUGCUAACUCCUUCCAGCUUGAAGCAGACCUUCGGAAACUGAGAAAUAAUCCUGAGAUUAUGUACAAAUAUUUAAAGCAAAUUGAACCCUCUUUUUACCCAACACUGUUUCAAAAGUCUUUGGAGCCUGACAUAUUGAAUCAGAUUUUAAACAUCCUUCAUGAUUCAUACAUCAAUCUUGAAGAACCAUCUUUAAUCCUAGAUGUGUUAAGGAACUUGUCCAUUGUGAAACGAUUUGAUAUGGCAGUGAUGUUUAUGUCUGCGUCUGAAAGAAAAGUUGUGAAAGCCCUCUUUGAUCAUUUACAGAAAUAUGAGGUUGAAGAAGGAUUGUUUAAAGUAUUGAAGAGUAGAUACAGCAUUUGAAAGUUUGAUGGAAUCAAAUGUGAUGAAUCACAGAGGACAAAAUAUGCGUUGUACAAAUUGUGGGAGUUUUGCUCAUAUCUAAUGUAUCUUUUUAUAUGUUCUGUAAUAAAAUUGCUUCUAUCUUGA